ACUUCCGGAUUUAUCUGUGUUUCGCAUCUCGAUAAAUAAUUCACCUUCCUGCUUCUGAGUCUUCCUCGCCAGGUAACUUUUGUGUAUCUAAUCAAGUUGCUAUCGCGGAUGUUAGUUCAGCUGUGUAUCUAGCUGAAGUUAUUGGACGGCCUCGUCGUAAAGAUCUUUGCACUGAAGGUGCAGUUAAAGUGUCUGUGGCGAGCGACAGCGCAGCUAGCUGCUAACAGGAGUAAAUUCCUGUGUAGCAUCUGAAGCAGAAUAGAAAGACUUUGAGUGGGUCAUCAGGCAGUCUCCUUAUGUCAGCCCGAAACGGGUCUGCCAGUGAUGCAGACUGCCGGAUCUCUGAGGACUGCCCUGUCCCAGAUGUUGAGUUGAUGGAGCUUGGUCCACUGCUGGAGGAGGGAGGAGGGCGGCAGUCGACUUCUAAAGGCAGUCAUCUAGAGGGAGCUGCUAUGCUUGCUGAUGAGGAAGAGGAGGAUGAUGACGUGGGAGAGGUUCUCACCUUACCUCUUCAGGCUCACCAUGCCAUGGAGAAGAUGGAAGAGUUUGUACAUAAGGUUUGGGAAGGGCGCUGGAGGGUGAUUCCCUUCCAUGUCCUGCCAGAGUGGCUGAAGGACAACGAUUACCUCUUGCAUGGGCAUCGGCCUCCUAUGCCCUCUUUUAGGGCCUGUUUUGGAAGCAUCUUCAGGAUUCACACUGAGACAGGAAACAUCUGGACUCACCUUCUUGGGUUGAUCUUAUUCAUUUGUCUGGGCACUUUAACCAUGCUGCGUCCCAACAUGUAUUUUAUGGCACCAUUGCAAGAGAAAGUGGUUUUUGGGAUGUUUUUCCUGGGAGCUGUGCUCUGCCUCAGCUUCUCCUGGCUCUUUCAUACCGUCUACUGCCAUUCGGAAAAAGUGUCUCGCACAUUUUCCAAGCUUGACUACUCGGGCAUCGCCCUUCUCAUCAUGGGAUCUUUCGUGCCCUGGCUGUACUACUCGUUCUAUUGUUCCCCCCAGCCUCGACUUAUCUACCUCACCAUCGUUUGUGUCCUUGGCAUUGCUGCAAUCAUUGUUGCUCAGUGGGACCGAUUUUCUACACCUCGCCACAGACCUACAAGAGCAGGCGUGUUCAUGGGUCUUGGACUAAGUGGCAUCGUCCCGACCAUGCACUUCACCAUUGAGGAGGGAUUUGUAAAGGCUACCACAGUUGGACAGAUGGGUUGGUUCUACUUGAUGGGAGCCAUGUACAUUACUGGUGCGGGUUUGUAUGCAGCCAGGAUCCCUGAACGCUAUUUCCCUGGAAAGUGUGACAUCUGGUUCCAUUCUCAUCAGAUAUUCCAUGUUCUGGUCGUGGCAGCUGCAUUCAUCCAUUUCUACGGCGUUUCUAACCUGCAGGAGUUCCGCUAUGGCCUUGAGGGAGGAUGCACAGAUGACACUUUACUCUGAAAGGCUCAACUGUGACUUGAUUUUCUUUACAGCACCACAACUGGUCAAACAGACACAUAAACACAAAUACACGCACACAAAAUGCUGCUGGAAAUUAAUAUAGUCACUUACUGCUCCUUCUGUACUUCUGAUUUGCUUAAAUUUUGUUUGGGUUUUAGUUGUCUUUCUGCUUUGACUCUUUUUUGCUCAAGAAAGUAGCAUUAAAUAGCUAGUGUGGUAUGGAGGGAACAGACACUAUUUAUUACUAUUACUGUUAGUCUUGGAGAAAGGGUUGGGGAUUUUUUUUUGUUGUUGUUGGGUUUUUUUUCUCCUUCAGCUAAGAUGUUCUGGGAUUUUAACCAAAAUUAGUGUUCCUGAACCUGAUAGUUGUGUUCCCUGUCUGUUACAAAUACAAAAAGUGUACCAAGGCUAAUAUUAUUUGUGCUGUAGCAGAGAGCACAAACUGUAAAUCAUUCCCCUCACAUGCAGAUUAGAGGAUGAAUUGUACUGUCCACCAGGACUGGUGCAGAGCAGUCCAUGAUCCUUGAGUGUACAGGCAUGUUUGUAAAAGAAGGCUUGACGUAUACACAGGUAGUGUGUUUAUGUCAUCAGAUGUAUUAUUAUUAUUAUGGUUUGAAUUAUACUGACAAUGAUUGUUCAUUUGUCCUUUAAACUACUGAGGACCCCUAAAACUCACCUUUGAUCACUCAGCAAUACUGUAAACCAUAAACUGUACGCUGAAAGCCCAUUCAAUACCAGAAUCAGAAGAUAUACCAGAAGAGCCACAAGGCUGACCACUGCACAUGCAGUAGGGUUAUUAAUUUGUAUCACUCUAAAUAAAUGAAUAUGACUCUAAAUAACACAAGGGAAAAAGUUCAUAUGACUUGAUGGGUUGGGUGUUUGUUUGUUUUUUAUUUUGUAGAGAAGUUUGUAGAAUGUCAUUGUUACAGCAAACAUCCCAAACACUUCACUUGAAAUUUGUUAAAUUGCACAAAAAAAGCUGCAAAAUCAUGUGGCUGGCUAUGGAGAAAAAAAACAGCUUAGCUUAAUACAGGUUAGACUGAGACAAAAACUGUGUCAUCCUUUAUCAAUUGGAUUGCACAUCUUUGAUAAUUUGUAGCUAAAUAGUCCAUGGGCUGCGCACAAUGUACAGAUGUGAUUCGGUUAAAUUGCUUUUUCUUUAUGUCAGCUAGAGAUUUUUAUUCUGUUUGAUUUCUGAUGCAAUGAGAGGUGUUGAUAUCAAAUGCACCUUAGUGUAUGCGGUUACAUUAGCAACGUUAAACCCACAAAUAGGUUUCAAAAAAAGUGUUCUGUGUGAUUGAUAUAAACUUUUAGUAUUCCUGUGCCUUAGGCCAAUUGAAAUGUUUUUAAAUAAAAAUGGCCUAUCUUAAUAGUCAAGGGAGCACCAAGGAUUUCUACAUAUUGACUUUACUUGUUUUCCUUGCCAUAUAUGUCAUGUGUAUACAAUCAAAUCAUUAUUGAAAUCACAAUUCCAUUGAUAGGUUGUAUGAACUGCUGUUUAAGACUCCUUUUCUAGAUGAACUUAUUCAAGCUUUAUUACAAAGACUAAAACAUUGUGUAUUCUUGACUUUGUGUAAUGUCUUGUGUAGAAAGUGAUAAAUCAUACAUUUCAUUGAAAUGUAAACCUGAAUAUUUAUUAAUGGUAAAAAAAAAAAAAAAUUCUAAUAAACUUUUUUCCACGUGUACAAUUGUGGUGUU